UGGACAGGAGCAAAGCAGCUCAGGGGUGGAGGAUGAAUAUGGGCAGAGCUGCUCUGUAGGGGGACCAGGAGGCAGGACCGUAGAGUGGAACCAGACUGGUGGCCGGCGUGGAAGGCAGAAACCUUCUGGAGGCCAUUGUUGAGACUUGAUAUCAGAAUAAUUGUCUGGCACCGGAAAAUUUGGCUCCAUCAGAAGGGAGGCUGCUGGACCGGGCUGCAAGAAUUCAGGACCGAAUUCAGGCAACUGGAGGUCAGUACUUGACUUUGAAAGUAUACUGGAAGUCAGCCACAGCAUCAAUAAGGACAGCUAGAGAAACCACACUGGAACACGGCCACCAAGAUGGGACCACUGGAACAUGGCCUUAAGGACGUGGGGCCUUAAGGGAGGGCAGCCGGCUGCGGCCUGACAUGAACAGAAGGUUGCUGAUGCACAACAGGAACAGGAGGGUAUUGUGGCGCAACAGGACUAGGAGGGCCGUUGUGUGGCCCAGCAGGAACAGCAGGGUGUUGCGGUCAAACAGGAACACGAGGUUCCUGCGGCGUAGUGGGAGCAGCUCGUUUAUCGCAACGAGAGCUACGCUGCCGCUCCAUGGCCUUCUUCGGUAUCACACAGCUGGGUUAUCAAGACCCGAUCGGCGAUAAACUAUUAGUGAAGCCCAGAGCAGCGUCUCGUCCUCGGGAUGGGAACAGCAGACAAGGACUGCCUCCAUCUCUUCAAGAACAUCAGGGACCCCUCCGAUGUACAGACACAUGCAACAUUUACCACCAGCCUCUUCUGUACGGUGCUGACAUCCACCAUGGGAGCCAUGAGCGAUACAAAGAGAUGGUGAAACGGGUUCAAACGCCCAGAUCCCCUAACCAGCUGUAUAUCACGCCUCUAACGGACAGCCAGCAGUAUGGAUGGAUGAUGUCCAGGAGUCCUGAACCGUGGACCCAAAUCAAACGGUUUCCCCGAAAGAACAGCGAGAUGUCAAAGUUUGUUAAAGAAAUGUCAGUAACAGCCCGGGAGUUCAGCCUGUACUGACUGCCUUUCUUCUUCAGUUAUUUCACACACACACACACACACACACACACCAGGAGCAGCAUCAGUUUUGAUGUGAAGUUCUGAGAAUAAACUGGUUGCAGAUACACUUUUGAUUUUUUUCACAAAAUGUCUUUUUCUUUUAAAUCUGUUUCGAGGCCGUUUUAUUUUACACAAGCUACGAGAAACUCUUAAUUACUUACUUACUUACUUCACCUUUUUAGCUCACAACUUUUAUUAAGGAAGUGUGGAGGUGUAAAUAUACAAAACACAAAUAAUAACAAAAUGUUCACCACUUUUAUAUACUAAGUCAAUUUGAUAUCAUGAGAUUAAAAAGUCAUCUUUCCACUUCUCGCAGGACAACAUCGCUGUAGUGGUCUAUACAGAGUGGAAUUGUACCGCCCUCUAGAGGAGAUCAAAAUAAUUACUUUGGAAAUAAUAGUCUUCAUGCGAGUUGAGUUUAGUAACUGGGCCAUGUCGAGCUCUUUACUUAAUGUGGGCCGCUGUUCCUUUAAGCCACAGGUAAUACCUAUUAUAUUAUAUAGUAACAUUAGUAAAUAUAUGAACACGCAAACAGCCAUUGAUUUUUUUUUUAUUAUUAUUUUUUCUUCAAGGGGAGAUGUUAUUUUUCUCUUUGUCAUAGUCCUCAACUCUUCUUAACCUUCGACUUUGCAAACAAAAAAAACACUCCCCUUUCAACUCCUCCAACUCAGGGAAAAUACAAAUAAAACAAAAACAAAUAGGGAAGGAUUCAUCAGGCCUGAGCAAAACACUGUUUCAGUAGUACGGGGAAAACCUUCCUCCCUCUCCUGCCCCCCCCCCAAAAAAACGUCCCAAGAGUUAACAAUCAACACAAGUCUAUGGACAGCAAUAGAAAUAGAAUACAUACAAUGCACAUUUUUAUAAACUCAUGUCCAUUCUAUAAACUCUCUGCUUAUAUGAAUCACUCUUCAUUAGUCACACUUGAUAGUUGGUGAUCUCUAUUACAUGACUGUCCUCUGGUGCUCCCACCACGCGCCCCAAGGCCAAAUCUCAUUGCACAGGAGGGGACCAAUAGCACAAGGCUGCGUGAGCUGGCUUUGGUACAAACAUGAUCAACUGUUGGUGGCCGUUGUCGAGUGUGGUCGGAGGGAGCUAAACCGGGGCGAUGCUCCCGAUUACGAAAGUUGAAGCCGGAGUGAAACCAAAAGUCGCUGCAACGAUGAGAAUGUUUACUGGAGAUUAUCCUCGACAAGCCCUUAUCCCGUUUUCUCCGUCCAAACAUCAGCGGUCCAGGCAGGGCGAGCGGGCACUGUUCCCGUUCAGCGUUGUUCUAUGAUUUGUUUAUUAACUUAAGGCAAUUAAACUCAGCUAUUAGUAUUUCUACUGAGUGUGGAAGGGGGAUAGGGGGAGUAAAUAAUACAAUAAAUAUAUGUAUAGGUUUUUUUAAUGCUGUCCUCUUCACAAAGUGCAACACCAGGGAUGUCAUGUGUUACUACUGAGAAGUGAAUGUGUGGGAGAGAGAGAGAGGUCACCUUAAAGCCCGACUGAGAUUUACAAUACUGCAGAAGUGGCAUAAAUAAAAAUUU